AGUGUUGUCGAAUCGUCAGUGUUGUAGAGAAAUAUAGGAAGUUUAGAAAUUAUAUUAUUUCUUUAUUAAUAUUUGUUAAAUAAAGAUUUUAAAUAUUUAUAACAGAAAAAACAACAGAAAUAGACAAAAUUAUUUAAGAGUAAAGUAAAAAAGGCACAAAUGCAUUCUUGACGUAAUCGAAAUGAAAGAAAUUUUCAACGAACUGGCAAUCCAGCGAAGAUGGAUACGAAUUACCGUAUUGGCGGUUUUCUUUUAUAAAUACGUGUUUCGUGGACAUACCAAAUUACAAAUUCAUUUAAUUUCAUGAUAUUUUUAUUAAUUUUAUAUCAAUAAAAACAAAUACGUGUACCAGAUAAAUAAUUAGUAUGAUAAUUGACUGUAAGACUAUUUUACAACGGUAUGACUGCUUAUAACAUCAACGGUAUAUAAAUCAGAGGUGGUUUCAGUUUGAUUUUUAUUUAUAAGUAGAUGCAUAUUUUGAUCUAUUGAUAAAAUAAUCAUUUGAUAAAUAUAUUCAAAAAUUUACUUUGCUUAAUGGCAUAAUUUCCUUUGACCCAGUUCUUUUUUAUAAAAUUAUUUAGUUACAAAGUAGCUUACGACUUUUGUCAUUUAAAACAACAAACAAUAACCUAAAUAAAAGUAUUUGAAAAAAUACGUGACAUAAAAACGAAUAUGUAGAUUUUUCAAUAAAAUUCACAUCGUUUAUUUUAAAUAAGUUACAAAUAUUUAACACAGUAAACGUUCGUUUAUGAUAAGAAAAAUGUGAUAAAAGCAUGAAUAAAUUGUCGCAAAAAUGCAUAUAAACAAUAUUCAUUAAAAAUCAUCAUAUUCGUAACAAAUUUGUUUACAUUUUACAAUAUUACAAAUUACUAAGAAUCUUUUUAAUGUAAUGUAAUAAAUUUUUAUAUCAUUUUAUCUCGAAUUAAGUGUCAAAUGAACUUGAUUUUCCCUUUGCGGGUAUAAAAAAAUAUCUAUAAUUGUAAAUAAACGAACCUUAAUCACGUAAAUCAAUUCUAUAUUGCACAUUUAAUAAUUAAAAAAAAUGAGACCGGUCCUGUAGUAUAAUCUUUAUCAGUUUUCAAUUUUGUGUUCUGUGAUUGAUGCUUCCGCGAAGAAAAAAGAAAAGGCCUUUCGUAUAAUACAUUUUCAGCCACAAAUGAUAUUUUAAACUACUAUAUACUUCGUUCGGCUCUGUACAUCUGAGGACUUUUACUAUUCGGUACCGUUCUCAAAUCUAGUUUAUUUCGAUGCUCGGUUCGUGUUCAGUUAUAUACAUUUUAAGAGCUCUGAGUAAGAUUUGUUUUGACUUUUGACAUUUCAAUGCUUAUCAAUUAGCGAUGUUAUUCGACAGUUGUUUGUACUUGUAAGCCAUUUCCAGUAUGAAUUGGUUUUCAAUUGCAUUUAAAAAGUCGAUUUACUGUUCGCUGGCUGUGUCCCGUGAAUAGCAUUACCGAACGCAACUAUAGAAUCAAUGACAGUUACACUUAACGAUUGUCUAUGUUCUUUAAAUGACAGUUACUUUAAGUAUGAAGUAAACAACAUGACUUCGAAAUUAUCUUCGACAAAAGUAGAAAAUUUUCGAUCGAAAGCCCAAUCUUUUGCUUUAUUAGUGAAUGGAGAACAUACAGAUAUUGUCAUAACACAAUUUCCAAAUUAUAAAAAUUUGUUUAUAACACAAUUUGAAAAAAUUGGUAAUUUAUACAAAGUUAAGGUAGAUCAAGCCGCAAACGGAAUUGCCGUUUCCGAACCAACUUAUAGUAUUACUUCUUUACUUGGAGCAGAAAAUAUUCAAGCUGAAGUUGCCGUUCGAUAUUUAGCAGAAAAGCUACAAAUCAAAGAACCAUUGCUCGUUUGUUUAAGUUUGAAAAAUUACAGUAAAUCUUCGCUGGACUAUAUAAUCCGAGGUAUUUUAGAAUAUGGCGUUAGCAAGGACUAAGAAAUCUGAAAGUUUCUUCGGACAAAUUGUGAUAGGUCCUCCGGGAUCUGGUAAAACAACAUAUUGUGGGAAAGUGUAUGAUUUUUAUAAAGAAAAACUUAAUCGAGAUGUCGAGGUGAUUAAUUUAGAUCCCGCUAAUGAAAACAUGAAUUAUAAACCGAAAAUAGACAUAAUGCAGCUGAUAACAGUCGAAGAUGUUAUGACACAACUUAAUUUAGGACCGAAUGGUGCGUUGAUGUAUUGUAUGGAAUAUUUAGAAGAAAACAUGGAUUGGUUAUUAAUUCAACUAAGCAAAAUCAAAAAUUCUUAUCUAAUCUUCGAUAUGCCCGGUCAGGUGGAACUGUAUACACAUCAUGUUUCUACUAAACAUAUUUUUGAAAAAUUACAGAAAUUGGGGUAUAAUUUAUGUGCCGUUCAUCUAGUUGAUUCUCACUAUUGUUCAGAUCCUCCCAAAUUUGUUUCGACUUUAUUACUAUCUCUUUCAACUAUGUUACAAAUUGGUUUGCCACAUGUUAAUGUGCUUAGCAAAGCAGAUUUGUUGAAGAAAAACGAAUCGAAAUUAGAUUUUGGGUUAGAUUUUUACACAGACGUUUUGAAUUUAGACUAUUUGUUAGAAUUGUUAGACGAUGGGCCUUUUACUAAAAACUUUAGGAAAUUGAACGCUGCUUUAAUAGGAUUGAUACAAGAUUUCAGUUUAGUCGCUUUUGUUCUACUUGACGUCAAAUCUGAUAAAAGUUUAUUAGAAUUAAAAAGCGCAGUGGAUAAGGCGAAUGGUUAUAUUUAUGGUAGUGGUGAAGAACGUAGCAUUCAAGCUUUAUUAUCAUGCGCCGUUGGCGCCAGAACCGAAUCUGAACGUUUCGAUUCCGAUUAUAUGUAGUGUAUAAAAAAAAAACAAUAAAUUUUCUAAUCAAAAUGUA